CAGGUGCCCCCCACGGCCCAGGCUGUGGGGAGGGGGUGGGGGCUUCAGGUCUGAAAGGAUCCAGUGUCCAGGGCCAGGUGGGCGUGCUCAGUGGCCUUGGCUGGGGCCCGCAGGAAACGGAGGAGGCGUGGAGGACCACCCUCGAGCCGCCGCUUAAAGGGGCGCCCAGCGGCCGCAGGGACGCGGUGAGGCUGCCGUUGCACCAUGACGCCCGGGCGGCUCGCGCUGCUGCUGCUGCUGCUGCUCCUGGCCGGGCCCCCCGCGGCGCAGCCCGCGCCCCCGACCUGCUACUCCAGGGUGCUGAGCCUGAGCCGGGAGGUGAGCGGUGACUUCCAGCGCCUGCAGGCCGUGGAGCCCUGGGAGGCGUGUGUGAGGUACCUGCCGGGGCUGUACCUGGAUAUACAUAACUACUGCGUGCUGGCCAAGCUGCGGGACUUUGUGGCGUCGCCCCAGUGCUGGAAAGUGGCCCGGGUGGAUGCCUUGAAGGACAAAGUGCGGAAGCUGUACACCAUCAUGAACUCCUUCUGCAGGAGGGAUUUGGUGUUCCUCUCCGAUGACUGUAAUGCCUUGGAAUACCCAGUCCCGGUGACCACAGUCCUGUCAGACCAUCAGAGAUAGGACAGUCCAGAGAGAGAGCCCGCGGGGACCACAGUGAUGUCAGCUGCCCAGACUCGGGGGGCUAGAGCCAUGCACCCCACCAGGUCUCCCUGCCACCGUAGUAUCAGAAACUGUCACAUCUCUCCACCUCCCAGAAAGAAAGCAGGAUGUGUGCUUCUCUCCCAGAACCUCCCUUGAAAACGGUUAGACGUCUUGCUGUCCUUUCUGCCUGGCUGUCUUACCAGGAUGGUUAGAUACACAAGGAUGUGUAACUGACCCCUGAGAAGGAAAGGGCAAACCAGCUUCUCUGGGAUGAACGUCUAGAUUGAGGGGAAGCAAAACAGUAGGCUUGUAUUACGGCUUUAACAUGGUGACAUUUUUCCUCCUUGAUAAGUAUCUGCUCACACGUAGCCCACCUUCUGUUUCAUACCCUCUCCCACCAUCAACUUUCAUUUUUAAAGAAAUUUCACUGCCAAAUAAAGUGUAUCUGCAAGGUCAUAA